AGUGAAGAAAACCAGCACUGACAGGAAAACGCCUUCAGUGCAACUCACUUCCGAUCAGUGUCAAGUUCACUGUCGUCUAACUGUUAACUGUUGAGAAGUGAAGACUGAUGACACGUUUUUAAGGCACAGCAACCGUAGCACACUCAGAGAAGGUGUUGGAAUUUUUCUUGGGAUUAAAGUGAUCAAACUGGAUAUACCUCAUGGACAGCCAAGUUAGCAAUCUGCUGAAAGAGGGCGAGUGACGUCACUAUGUGGAGUUGUGUAGGUUCUAAUGGAACAGUAAAGAGUGUGGACCAGCAGUUCUGCUACGACCUUGAACUGGUCUUUUCCAUCCUCUCCAUCAUUUACCUCAUCAUCUGCUUCCCUUUCAGCAUCUGCUACAACUCCUUGCUGGUCCUUGUCAACCUCUACAACAAGCCGGCAAUGACUAUGCCUGAUGUAUACUUUGUCAACAUAGCGAUCGCAGGCCUUAUCCUCAGUGUUGUGGCCUUGAUACAGCUGCUGGGGCCAGACAAUCCACAGUGGGCCGUAUGGACAUUCAAUAGGGAAGUUUACAUCACCUUGCUAAUAUUGUUUAACAUCUCAGCAUUGGUGACCAUGUACUCUACCACAUUGCUCAGCUUGGAUUACUACAUUGAGCAAGCUUUGCCAAGAACUUACAUGUCCAGUGUCUACAAUACCAAGCACGUCUGUGGGUUCAUCUGGGGAGGGGCUGUCCUCACCAGCUUUUCAUCCCUUCUGCUGUAUGUGUGCAGCCAUGUUCCCAAGAUAAUCGAGUGUUCAAAAAUACAGAAUAAAGAAGUGGCGGAUACCAUCAUGGUGUUUAUCGGUUUCUUUGUCCCUGCUAUAGCAGUGCUGUACGCCUUAAUACUGAUUCUCAGAAUACGGAACCAAUCCACUCCUCUUGAUCAAGAUUCUGCAAGGCUGGAUCCUUCUACACACAAGUUGCUGGUGGCUACAGUCUGCACUCAGUUCAUACUGUGGACCCCUUAUUACAUGACUCUGUUAGUUCACAUCACAUUUAACCCUAAAGGAUCAGACUCAAUAACGCAGUAUCACAUUUACUAUUUUGUUAAGGGCUUAUCCAAGCUGCUGGCUUAUUCAUGCAGCUUUGUUAUACCACUGCUCUACACUUACAUGCACAAAAACUUUACCAACAAACUGAGGCAGCUAGUCAGAAAACUGGACUGUUGGACUGAAAGAUGCUGUCACCAACACUCAGAGUUGCAGCAACAAGUCUUUCUGAGCUAGGGCUAAGGUUCCUUCAAACGGUGUGCGUCUUCACAAAUCAAGGUGGAAUAAAAAAAUAUUGCAGUACUGGUCCUAACAGCAACAGCCCUGCAGCACCUGAUAUUAACUACAGCAUAAGUUGAACGAUUCCAUCAUAAUGGAGUUCUGUAGAUUAAAGAGAUCCAAUACCAUUUCAUCAUGCAACAUUACUCUGGCCUGUAUUAACCAAUUCCCUAAGCUCAAUACUCAGUCCAGCAAUGGAAUAUAUUUUUAGGUGUUUGUGAUGAUUCUUUGCAUCCAAAGCUGUGUCAACAGUUAGUGGAAUGGCAAGCUAGCAAAAAUGGUGAAACCAAACAAUCAAAAGGCUUGAAUGUGCUGUCCUACUAUCUCCAAUCAAAAGGCUUGUCUGCAUCAGGCCCAAUGAAAGUGUUUUGUUUGGCUGAGUAACAAACAAAAAAAACCUGUCAAUCAGGCCUUGAAUCAGGGUCUACCAUCUGUAUGUCUUGAAGCAACAGGAAUAGUUGAUGAGAGUCCCAAGGGGUGAAGAAUGCUUCCAGUUGUGAUAAGCUGCUCAGACAGGGUGACCAGUGAACUCUGCCCACCAUUCAGAAUACUACUCAACUAAAGUCGACCAACUGAAUGAUUUGUUUGUGUGUUUGGAAGGCUGUCUUGCUGAAAGUCUCAUCAAAGUGAAAAAGUCAGAAGUCAAUAUAGAACAUGUUCAAUGAUGGGACAUCUUAAACCAUUGUGAUAUAAGCAGAAGUCAUUUUUGACAGUGAAUUUCAAUGAAGAUCUCCACAACUGAGCCUAUUCAGACACAUCAAAACUGUCAAUGACCCAAUGGACUGUGGUCAGCUUCACAAACAGACAAAGACAUAAUUUAUCAUUGCUACCAUUCCAUCUGUUAAAUGUGUGGUAUCAUUGUUAACUAAUUUGUGAAUGAUAACUUUGCAUUUGUAGAUACAUAACUGUUGACCACAGUUACUAGACAAAGCACGAAAGUAUGAAAUAGUCCAAUGCUAUUUAUUAUCAUUGCAUUUUAAAUAAAGAGAGAUAUAUUCAA